AUGUCCCACAGUUCUCAAUCAUUCGUUGGCAGAGAGAUGGGAACUCGGGCAGAGCUCGGAAAUUAUGAUGGCAAUUGGCGACGAUCUUUUCCUGAGUGGGUCGAGUUAAUCGAAAACGACAUUCUGUCUGGUCAAACGGAGCCACGCCGGGCACGAAAUCCUAGCGAUAUCUAUCAAUCAGCGCAUCCUGAACAAGCAAGAAGGCAAGUCGUGUCAGACCAUGUUUCUGGUGAAGAUGCCCUAUCGUCCGCUUUGCGAGAGACAGUUGAUAAUGUUUUUCAUGGCAAUGUUCCAGCAACUGUUGAAGCAAACCUGAGAUCACCCUCUGUUACUAAUGCCUUCAGUGAAUUAAUGGAUAUGGCGAUACAGCGCCGUAUCGAAGAGGACAAUGAUUACGACCCAUCUCGUUAUCCUAAUAUCGAUCACCGACUUAUGAGGGAACAGGGUCGCAGUGCUUCGGAAAUUUUAGCACAUGCCAGAAAAAGCGCCCGCAAACAAGACGAAUUCAGUAGAGGAGGUUAUCAUUUUGUUGCCGUGUGGGACCAUAUUUUGGAAUCCCAAUGUGCGCACGAGGGAGCAGGAGACAUGCAGUGUUCCAGGUGCCGUUUUGAAAGCUCACUGCGCUUGCCGGAGCUGCCUGAAAUGGUGUUCCCGAACAACACGCUCACAAUCGAAUUUACGAAGUUUGCC